UAAAAAUGUUAUCCAGAAUUUUUAGGCAUACUCAAAAGUUUGGACUAAAGGGAGCUGUGUGAUUUAGAACUAGCACGUCUUCUUUAGUAUAUACGAGAGCGGCUCAUUUUGGCAUCCUUGAAGAUAAAUUUAAAGAAAUAAGAGAAAAAGCAUUCAACAGAUCUGUGAAAAGUGAUAGAAGUGAAAAUAUUAGAGAGGAAUCAAAGAGCCAGAUGUCCAAAUUUAGCCUCUUUUCCUCUUCAAAUUUAGAACAAGAAGCUUAUAAUAUCAAUGGGAUGACCUGAAGCCAAGUAAUUGAUAGAUUGAAGAUAGCUCAACAGCAGAAGACAGAUCCUUACUUGUAUUAUAUGAUAUUAGAAAGGAUUCAAGACAUUAUCAUCAAUGAGCCUGAUGAGACUAGCAAGGCAGGCAUUCUUAAAAUUCUCAAAGAACUAGAGAGCUAUAAGCCAAAGGAUGAGGAAAGAUAUCAGCGGAAAUUAAGAAAUAUGGAAUUUGGAGAGAGCAGUACUGGAUCCCCUCAUAAAGCAGGAAUAAAUAAAUCAAAAGGCCAAUAUUUUAAAGAUAGUUCUCCUAUAGCUCAGAUGUUUGAUCAUCUCAAAGACAAUAUGAAUGGAACUUAUUUCAAAGGAAUGCUUAGGGAUUACGCUAAAGGAGAUGAUAACAGUUCAAAGAAGGAUAUCUAUGAUGUUCUAGAGAUAUACAAAACUGUGUAUAAGAAUAUCGAGUUGGUCCUUCAUGAAGAACUCGAUAGAGGCAGUAUUGAUUCCAAAGAGAUUCUCAUUGUGCUAAAAUGAUUUUCAAUUGCUGAAGAGGGAUCUGAAGUAUUGUAUGAAAGAAUUUUUGAGAUGAUCUAUCCUAAUUUGAGUGAGAGAAAGUAUAACAAGCAUGAUCUGGAAAUAAUAUUGAAUUACUUCCCCCAAGAUUUCUGGUCAAAUUCGAUGACUCAUUCCUCAAAGAUGAAUAGCUUCAAUGGUCUUAUUGCAGAGAGUUUGAAUGGGGAAAUUGAUAAUUCUUCAAACAAGGAGUUACUCUCCUUUUUCCGUGCUUUUUCAAGUUCUACUAACUUCCCACCUAAAAUAUUGAACAAGCUCUUAAACAAGUUUGUAUCCUUAAUCGAGAAUUCUCAGGUCAAUCAGAAAGAACUAAUGGGUUUUCUAGAAAUUUAUGCGAUGAUGAUUCAGGACAAUCCUCAAAAAUCAGUAGAAUUAAACUCAAAGCUAUUGUUCUCGAUUGUUUCCAAAAAUAUCGAAGAGAAUUACUUAUCCAACACCUAUGAUUUUUCAUUCCAAGAGCUAGCAGUCUUGUACUGGGUAUAUGCUACUUGAGAGAUCUUCCCAGGAAGUUCUACAGAUGCUGUUAGAACUUUAGAGAAAGUUCUCAACAAUAAUAUGGCACUUUUAAUUACUAAAUAUAAGCCACUUAGUGAUUCUGAUAAAGAUUCUGGUUCGGGUCAGGAAUUAGAAUUUGAUGAAAAUGAUGCGAAUGCUAUUAUUUAUUACUACGAGAAAUGCCAAGAACUAGGCACUUGGGAGAAUGCGGAGACUAUCAUCCAAGCCAUAGGGUCCAUCAAGAAAAAGUAUGACGAUCGCCCAGACAAUGACGGCAAAUGGUUUGUUUUCUAG